UGCUAGGGAGUUACGUUUGGUUGAGCCGCUCGCUCGCAGCCAUUGAAGCUAUUGGACUGGCGGACGGCGCAGCGUCACCCCCGCUGCCUUCCAACUCUUUUAUUUAUUUAUUUCUACCUAAGCGGGGACGACUCACGACUCCGCGCGGAAUACGUGGCGGCGUGACACCGUCUCUGGCUGCCAGCGGUCACAGGGAGCUCCGCGAUGAACAAGCUACGGCAGAGCUUCCGGCGGAAGAAAGACAUCUACGUGCCGGAGUCCAGCCGGCCGCACCAGUGGCAGACGGACGAGGAGACGGUCCGCAGCGGGAAAUGCAGCUUUGCGGUCAAGUACUUGGGACAUGUGGAGGUGGAGGAGUCUCGAGGCAUGCACAUCUGCGAGGAAGCGGUCAAGCGGCUGAAGACGGACAGGAAAUUCUUCAAAGGAUUCUUUUCCAAAGCCGGGAAGAAGGCCGUGCGCGCCGUGUUGUGGGUGUCGGCAGACGGCCUUCGAGUCGUUGACGACAAAACCAAGGAUCUGAUUCUGGACCAGACCAUCGAGAAGGUGUCAUUCUGCGCUCCCGACCGCAACUUUGAGAGAGCCUUCUCCUACAUCUGCCGUGACGGCACCACGCGGCGCUGGAUCUGCCACUGCUUCAUGGCCGUCAAGGACUCGGGCGAGCGCCUGAGUCACGCCGUGGGCUGCGCCUUCGCCGCCUGUCUGGAGCGCAAGCAGAAGCGGGAGAAGGAGUGCGGCGUCACGGCGACCUUCGACGCCAACAGAACCACCUUCACCCGCGAGGGCUCCUUCCGCGUCACCACGGCGACGGAGGCGGCGGAGCGGGAGGAGGUCAUGAGGCAGCUGCAGGACGCCAAGAACGCUGAGAGCGACGUAACGCUGACAGGGAACUCGUCGGGCGUGACGGCAAGCUCCGCCCCCAACCAGGCGGGAGGCUCGCCGUCGCCCUCGUCCUCGCCGCCCCUCUCGCUGAGCGCCCUGGGCCCCCAGGUGAUACCGCGCCGACACGCCCCGGUGGAGGCCCUGGCCAGGCAGGGCUCCUUCCGGGGCUUCCCGGCCCUCAGCCAGAAGACCUCGCCCUUCAAGCGGCAGCUGUCCCUGCGCAUGAACGAGCUGCCCUCCACCAUGCAGCGCAAGUCGGACUUCCCCAUCGACGACACGGUGCCCGAGGUGGAAGGGGAGAACGACAGCAUCAGCUCUCUGUGCACUCAGAUCACCUCGGCGUUCAGCGGGCCCCCGGAGGACCCCUUCUCUUCGGCGCCGAUGCCCAAAGCGGCGUCCCCACAGUCUCCUGUAGUCCCUGUCAACGGCUCUGUCUUCUCCGCUCCCCCCGCUAACAAUCCUCCAGCUUUGGCCCCUGCUCUGCCUGCUAGAGAAACUAACCCCUGGGCUAAGACCCCCGCCACAGCACCCGGAAGUGAUUGGUCGUCUCCCACGCCCGUCAUCAUUGUCCCCCCAACAUCGUCUCCAGUCCUGCCCUCCCACAAGCGGACGCCCUCAGAAGCGGAGAAAUGGUUGGACGAAGUGUCAAAGUCCGUCAGAGCCCCGCCUUCCAAUCCCAUCCUGGCCCCCGCCCAGCCUUUUAUUGCCCCCAUGCCUGUGGCGUCUUUACCCUCGGCGCCGUACGUGUCUUCCCUCUCGCCAGCGGUGCCCCUGCUUCCCCCCCGCCAGACUGCUUUCCACCCCCAAACUCCGCCCACCUACCCCGUGCCCAACGGCCUGCCCUUCCCGCAGCCCAGCGUCCCCGUGGUGGGCAUCACCCCCUCGCAGAUGGUCGCCAACGUCUUCGGCUCGGCGGCCCAGCCGCAGCCCUACCUGGCCCCCGUGUCCGCGCCGCCCCCGCACAACAUCGCGGGCCCCUUUCUCAAGCCGCCUCCGCCGCCCACCGUCCUCGCCCCCGUCCACCCGGCCAACGGCAGCGAGAGCUUUAACGGGUCAGACAACUGGGCCGCCCUCUCUCACCUCGCCCCGUCUGCGGCGCCGCCCCCGGUGCAGCAGCAGGAGGACGCCUUCGAGGCCCAGUGGGCGGCGCUGGAGGGCCGCUCACGCCAGCGCGCCACGCCGUCGCCGACCAACCCCUUCUCCACAGAGCUGCACAAGACCUUUGAGAUCCAGCUCUGAUGACUGUGUCGACAAGAGAAGAAGACGCAUGCUUCUGAUUGUAGCGAGGGGGCACCUGUAGACCCCAUGUGGAGAGGAAGUCAGGUGUCUCCUCCUCAAGCAAGACAAUGCCAAAUCUUUAUUUUUAUGCAUUAAGUAUAUUUUACAUAGCUUUGAAUCCUGUAAGUGGUCUGGCCAAAGGCAGAGAGAAGAAAUCUAUUAUAUAUCUAUAACUUGUCAUGACAGAUUUGUGAAGGGACAGCUGCUUUACUUUGGUGUCUGCGGCUUUUAUUUUGCCACGGUCUGUUAGGUGUGACUGUAAAUAAGAUCUCAUUGCAGCAACAAUCAUUUGUUUACUGGUUUUAUGCUCGGGUUGUUUUAAUAACACAGCAGCGUGUUGUCUCCUCUAUCCACUUUUUUUUUUUUUUUUUUUUUUUUUUAAAUAGUCAAUUCUUCAAAUGGAGUUUUGCACAAGCACUCAAGUGGUUGCUUUGUCCUCACGUGCAUCUGGAGGGAGUCACCGCCUUCUGUGUCGUCUUGUUCUUAUUUUUUAAUCAAACCUGUGAAUAUAAUCUUUCCGCGGAUCUAUUUUUCCAUUUUGUAAUUAUUUCACGACUUUAUUCCAACUUCUUGGGAGAAAUGUUGAAGUUAAAAGAUUGAAUAAAUGAUGGUGGCAGAGGAAAAUCA